AAACCCCCAAAAUUUCCUUCUCCAUUUUAUUCUUUGAAAUCAAAACACAGCCCUAAAAUCACCAUUGUUAACCCCUUCGCCCAGAAUGGACGACAGUUUUAAAGUUCGUGUCGACAGAAUCUUUGGUUCUCUCUCUUCCUCAUCUACUGCGUCUUCUUCAUCCUCACCUUUCAAUUCAUCUCUCUCUUCUCUAUGGUCCCUUACCGACGAUGAAAUCGAGAGGAGAGAGUGGAUCAAAGGGAAAGAGGAAGAACAACCACCCGAAUCGGACCUCGAACCGACCUCGUUCUUCGACGGCCGAACGAAGGUAAACGAGAGGAAUUUAUUUGGAUUUCGAGACGAUUUCGAGGAUGACCUCGAUGAUUUGGACGAAAAUCCAAAGUCCAAUGGGUCGUCUAGUAAGUUCCCUAAACCUGAUGAUUAUGGAGGUGAAGAAUGGGAAAUCAAGUCCUCCAUUGGGCGGGAUUGCACGCUUGAUUAUGAGGAAGAGGAAGAUGAGUAUGAUAAAGUUGCAGUUGGCAAGGAGAAAAAUGGAGAUCGGUUGUAUAUGAAAGACGUAACUGACUGUGGUAUUGAAAUAGGUUCAUCCACCGAGCUUCCUACUUCUAUAAGGAAUUUCACCAGAGAUCCACGCGCUAAUCACUUGGCUGCAAAAGUUAGACUCAAGGAAGAUGCAGAAGCUUCUAAAACAAUCGAUUCGUUGCAUGUCUCUAAGAACACUGCUGUAGCCAUCACAGAUUCUGAAAGCAACGCUUUCCAAAACCCAAAAUCUAUUCUUAAAAGGAAAGAUAAUCAUCUAGAUGCGAAGUCGCACAAGCGUGUCCGAUUUGACCCUGAAUGUAAAAUUCCUCAAAAUUCUCAAGAAUCUAAAGAUUUCGUUGUGAAAACAAACUCUUUGCCCAGAGGUGCAGAGGUUGGCAACGAAGUGACCUUCCCAUCUCAAGGCACUCAAGUCCCCGACUACUUACUAAAUCCUUCAAGAUACACACAUUAUACUUUCAACUCGUCCAAUGAUGUAGACGAAGAGUCUAACAAGAAAGCUUAUAUGAAUUUCCUUCAGCUGGUGAGAGAAUCAAAGAGAAUCGAGUCCCAUCAGGAUGAUGCUUCAACUGGUCCUCCAAAAUCCAUCACCUUCAUACCAAAAAAGAAAGCAGAUGAUACAAUAAUGCUUGAAAAUUCUCCUCUGCAGAGUGGAGUUGAGAAGGAGGUUGUGCAAAAGAAAGGCAUGUCUAUCGGCAUUGCCGCUGUGGAUGAUCAGACGGAUGAUGUUUGUUCAAUGGAAGAAGAUGAGCCUGAUAAAUUAGAAAUUAGAAGAAACAGCUCACAGAAGCCAGACCGCCAGUACAGAACGAGAGCUAAUAAUAUGGAGUCGGAGGAGGAGGCCUGAAGCCUGAUUGAUAUAGCAAGACGCUGCUCUUAAAUUACACCUUUUUCCAUCGGGCAUUGUUUGUGUUGAACUGUUAUUGAUGGUCUUUUAAGGCACCUUGUUUGAUGUACGAUAUUUUAGGGACAUUGCAACAGUUGUUGACAGCCUAUUUGAGAUUGGGCAAGUUUACAAGUUACGGAUUGCAUCUAAAGCGAUCAAUUAACACAUCAA